CAUGCUCGCUGCUGAGCACGUGGAUUUGGGAAGAUAAUAUUGUAUUUAUUAAUCAAAAAAUAGAAUCAGAGAAAAGCCAGAAGAUUGAAUAAAUAUAAAAGCACUACAAUUUGCGAGAAAGAGUCUGUUGUACCCAUGAAACACGUGUCUUAUUAUAAACCGUGUUAAUAAAUAAUUUUUACUCAACGAAGAUGGACGAUAUGUUAAAAGAUCCUCGGUUUGCACAUGUUGCAAAGGAUCCAAGAUUUAGAAGGAUUCCAAAAAGUGAACGCAAAGUCAAAAUAGACAAGAGGUUUCAGUCUAUGUUUAGUGACAAGAAGUUCUCUAUAAAAUAUACUAUUGAUAAAAGAGGCAGACCUGUAAGCCAGAGUUCAACAGAGAAUUUAAAAAAGUACUAUGAGCUUUCCAGUGAAAGUGAAGAUGAAGAUGAAGAUGAAGAUUUACCAAAAAAAAAUGAGCCAAGUCACAGUAAAACAAAAGAAAAGAAAAAGAAGCUAAGAAAGCAAAAGGACCAAAAAGAAAAAGAAGAAGUUGAAGGAAGUGAAGAGGAAUCGUUCUCUAGUAAUGGAGAUUUGCUUCGCAUAAAACCAGCAACUCGGUCAACAUUAGAAUUAGAUAAAAAUGAGGAUUCGGAAAAUGAUACUUCUGAUGAUGCACUGGACUCAGAAGUUGGAAUAGAAGAUAUGAAGGAAAAUGAAAAUCAAUUAUACAUUAGACGUAAAAAUGAAACAAAUGAGAUAGAAAAUGGCGUUAAGAAAAAACUAAGGGAUCUUACGGUAGAUUAUGCUAGAGGUGAAGGCAUUUUAAUGACAGACAGUUCGUCCGAUGAAGAAAGCUCAGAAUACGAUGAUGAGGAAAAUGAAGUUGAACAUAAUUGGGGUGAAUUGGAUAAGGAAGCUGAAACGACAGAUGAAAUAACACACAGAUUGGCUGCUUGUAAUAUGGAUUGGGAUAGGAUACGAGCUGUUGACCUCAUGGUCCUGUUUAAUUCAUUCCUACCAAGUGGUGGUCUUAUUCAUUCAGUUACGAUUUAUCCAUCAGAUUUUGGUUUGGAGCGCAUGAAAGAGGAAGAGGUCAAAGGUCCUAUUGAAUUAGUAGAAGCUAAGAGUAAUGAAGUUCACAGCGAUGCAGAAGAUGACGAAAACGAAGAAGGUUCGAAUUAUCACAUGGAAAAAUUAAGGCAAUAUCAAUUGAACCGAUUAAAAUACUAUUACGCUGUUAUCGAUUGUGAUUCUUCUGAAACAGCAAAUAAAAUUUAUACAGAGUGUGAUGGCAUAGAGUACGAAUCCACUGCGACCAAACUGGAUCUAAGAUUCAUUCCAGAUGAUAUGACCUUCGAACAUGAACCAAAAGAAGUCUGUGAUAAAGUACCUGAACUUUCAAAGUAUCAACCAAGGCAAUUCACCACGACUGCUUUGCAGCAAGUUAAAGUGGAAUUGACUUGGGACGAAACUAAUCCCGAGAGACAAGAAAUAACGGAGAAAUUGAACUCUGGAAAAAUUGAUGAAGUGAAUGAGAACGACAUACAAGCGUACCUAGCAAGCGGUACAAGCGAUGAUGAUUCUGACGAUGACAAGAUUAAAAAUCCGGAAAUCCAAAGUGAUUCAGACUUAGAAGAUAAUAAGAAUCCGAUUGAAAAAUACAAGUCUCUAUUAAAAUCGAUUGAAGAGCAAGAAGAGGCAAAGAAGAAAGAGAAAGUUGAAUUAGAAUUUACUUGGGGAUUGGGAAUGAAAGAGAAAACGGAAAAAUUAGUAAAGGAAAAAUUAAUGAAGGAUAAGAAUCUUACACCUUUUGAACAAUUUCUUGAGAAACGAAAAGCGAAAAAGAAGGCAAAGAAGGAUGAAAAGAAGAAACUCAGAGAAAAGGGAGAAAAUGGACCUACAGAUUCUGAAAGUGAAGAUUCAAUACCGUCUGAUAUUGAUAUGAAUGAUCCCUAUUUUGCAGAGGAGAUGAAGAAUAUAAAAUCAAAAAAUAAGAAGCAACCAAAGUCUCAAAAAGAAGAUGAUUUGAAAUCUGAUGACGAGGAAGAGAAUCGGAAAAGGGCUGAAUUAGAAUUACUUUUAAUGGACAAAGCAGAUGAAGAGAACAAGAAACACUUUAAUAUGAAGAAAAUUGAGGAAAUGGAAUCUGCAUCUAAAUCAAAGAAGAAGCGCCUGAACAAGAAAAAAGAUGCAAAAAAGCAAGAAAAUGAAGAUGAUUUUGAAGUGGAUGUUAAGGAUCCAAGAUUUGCUUCUUUGUUCUCUUCGCAUCAUUUCAAUAUUGACCCUGCGGAUCCUCAUUAUCGAAAGACUAAAGGCACCGAAGCUCUUAUUAGUGAAAAAUUAAAGAGAAGAGCCAAUGAAGAAGUCAAAAUUGAUGCACCAGAAAAACAAUCUAAGAGAGAUAAAAAUGUCAGUGCAGAAAUUGCAGCAUUGGUAAAAUCUGUAAAACGUAAUACAAAAAAUAUAUCAAAACCCGUAAAGUAAUAAACCUUUAUCCAAAAAAUGUGAUGCUGAUCCAAUUUUUUUAAACAAAAUUACAUUUUAUUUUAUAUGAGAUACAAAAAUAACAAUAUACUCUGUA